ACUAGUUCACACUCACUUCACACUAUUCACAAAUGUCAUAACAUAACCCUAACAUGUUUUUAAUAGUAUUUUGUGAAAAAAAAAAUUUUUUUCACAAAUUUGAUAUUAUUUUUUGAGAAUAUAUACUUUUGAAGUAAUUUAAAUGAUUUUUGUGAUUGUUAAAAAUGAUGAAUUAUGGACCACGAAGAAGAGUUUUUAAAUAGUUUUUUUAUACAAGUGACACAAUUAUGUUUUGAUAAAGCUAAGGAAUCAGUUGAAAGAGAAAGAGAAUCAUGUCGUUCGGGACAGAUGGGCCCUUGGGGGAUGCUACUCAUGCACCUUCCUCAAAUAACAUUGGUAGAGCGCUCAUACGUGGAUUUAGGUUUCCUUCGCAUCAAGAACAAAGGGUUCCUUCGCAAGGACAAUUCUCUGAAGACAAUGUACGAAUCACUAAAAGGAGAUUUGAAGAGAGUCGAAGAAAUGACGAAGGGAACAAACGCAGUAGGAGCGACCGUUGCUGAAGUUUCAAAUCAAUUGUGUCAAUUUGUUACCGCUCGAAUGCAAUUGAUGGAUUUUUAUGAAAAGAUGUACAAUAUGAGUAUCAGUAACCGACCAAUGAACCAUCCUGAUUUGUUACAAACUAUUGAUGCCAUAAUACUCACACAUUCCUUAUCUUGUUCUCAUUUAGCUUUAACGGCAAUUAAAGCAGCUUUAACAUUGGAAUGUGAAAUUCUAGCACAACUUAUGAAAGCACAUGUUGAAAUACAAAAUUGGAAAUUCCUACCCUCAUUAAUGGCACUUUACGGAGCUCAAGCUCGAAUGUCGGCCUGGGAACGUACUUUGCAAAAUAAAGAGUCUUGGAAACUUGGUUUUGGAGCAACAUUUUUGAAAACAAAUCAACAACCUGCAUUAUAUCAAUGGCUAGUGAAAUUGAGAAGUGCCAUUUUAUCUAAGUGUUCAUUAUAUUUUCAUACAACAUUAAGUCAACAAGCAAGUUCUGGAGAAAUGAGAAGCAUUAUGAGUAGACAAAAUGUCGACUAUUAUCACAAAUUACAAAGUUUUCAAAGAAAAUAUGACGUUUUGGCAGUUUUAAUAAUUUUUGAUUCGCGAGGUACACAAGAUUCUGGACCUGGAUACAGGCAUCCUAAAAGAGAACUUGAAGUCGGAGAUGAUUUUUCACUUAUCGUUUGUUCUCCAAGUGUGUUUUUACAAAAACCUUUAUCUCAUUGGGAUAAUAUUAGAGAAGGCAUACAGGAUCGUUAUGCUGAUCUUAAAGCAAUGGAUAAAAUAAUAUUUAUCAAUGGACAAAAUCAAAAGGAAUGUUAUACUUAUGCCAUGUACAACAUUGAUCCGAGAAUGAUUCUAGUCACUGUGUUUGAGAGCGGUAAGCAGAAAGAUAAAGUUCCCCACGUUACAACAUUUUUAACAGACUUGAGCAUACAAUUAAGAUGCAAUAAAAUUUACGAGAGCUUAAAAAUAUCAAAGUGAUGUAAUUUUUUUUUCUUUAAUAAAUACAAACAACUUUAUACUAA